AACUUACACACUGUGGCUUCAGCCGGCCCCUCCCAGGCCCCUCUGGGAGCCCAGCUGUUCCCUCUGCGGAUUCUCUGGGGCUGGUUCAUUACCUUGGAAUACUCUUGUGACAGGAGGCGCUAGCAAAACCCGCCUCCAGCCCCCAGCUGCAAAUAAAUAGAAGACUCCCAGCCCAGAAGCCCGGAGAAGUUUCUAGGUGAGUGUCUCUGACGUUUAUUAGGCUCUGGCUCCACUCUCGACCUCCGCAGUUCUGGCUGGGAGCCUGAGCAGCCUGGGAGGACGGUGGCUUGCUGAUCUCUGGUGAGGCCAUACACAGAGGGCCCCUCUUGGAUUCUGUGGAACCAGCUGGGGUUUGUCACCUUUGGGGGCCGGGACCCCAGGCUGAUGAGCACGGCUGUUUUUGGCAGUAAAUGGUUCUUUUCCCUGACGGAAGAUCGGCAUUUUUCUGAAGCUGACAAAUAAGCUCUGAAAGUCAUCCUUGCUUUGCUGUGUGUCCUUGGAUAGGUGGCUCCCUCUCUCUGAGCCUCUGUUUCCCCUGUGAGCCCAGCACUCAUCAUGGCUGAUGGUCAGAUGCCUUUCUCCUGCCACUACCCAAGCCGGCUGCGCCGAGACCCCUUCCGGGACUCGCCCCUCUCCUCCCGCCUGCUGGAUGAUGGCUUCGGCAUGGACCCCUUCCCUGAUGACUUGACCGCCUCUUGGCCCGACUGGGCUCUGCCUCGCCUCCCCUCCGCCUGGUCGGGGACCCUGAGGUCCGGCAUGGUGCCCCGGGGGCCCACUGCCACUGCCAGGUUUGGGAUGCCUGCUGAGGGCAGGAGCCCCCCACCCUUUCCCGGAGAGCCCUGGAAGGUGUGUGUCAAUGUGCACAGCUUCAAGCCAGAGGAGCUGAUGGUGAAGACCAAGGAUGGAUACGUGGAGGUCUCCGGCAAACAUGAAGAGAAGCAGCAAGAAGGAGGUAUUGUUUCCAAAAACUUCACAAAGAAAAUUCAGCUUCCUGCAGAGGUGGAUCCUGUAACAGUGUUCGCCUCGCUUUCCCCCGAGGGGCUGCUGAUCAUCGAAGCUCCCCAGGUGCCCCCUUACUCACCAUUUGGAGAGAGCAGUUUCAACAACGAGCUUCCCCAGGACACCCAGGAAGUCACCUGUACCUGAGACCCCAGCCUUGGUCCAUCCUCAUGCCCUCCCCAACCCCAGGGCUUCUCUGAUUCCAGGGUACAUUACUUUAGCUGAACUCAGACGUAGUGCAACUAAAAUGUUGGGGGACAGGGGGAAGGGAAAACGACCACAGAUUCCCUGGAUGACAUAGUGGUAGAUUUCUCACUGGAUGACGCAAUUGGCUAACCAUGCUUGUUGCGUUAGGCCAAAGUACUGGUUUUUCUUUCUUUAUCUUUUCUAUCUUGAUGAAAACAUUGCACAUUCUAUAGCUGCAAAACAAAGAAAUGGGACUUAACAUUUCAUGUUGUACCUUACCUUGCAAGUAACGCAAGGGUCACUUUUCUCUGGGGACCUCCCCAUUACCCAGAUCCCUCCUCUGGGCUCCCUGUUCCCACGAUUGCCUCAUGGUUCCACCAGUGGAGCCCUUGGCUCAGCCCACUGUAUUUCAACAUCCCUGGCUCACAAAGGGUAAUAGACAGGUCUUAUAUUCCCUUAUGGGAUCUAUCCACCAACCAUGUGAAAAUAAACACUGCCUUCUGCCCUCUGCCCAAAUGUUUACAGCAUGUCCCCAGGGUUCUCAAACUGGCACUCCCCAAGGACUCUAGAAGCGCCUCAGUUAAUUUCCUGACAGAGGUCCCCACCACCUUGUACACCUCUCCCCUGUAUCCAAGUCAGGAUAUUUAUAGAGGGGCAUGUUUCUAGAUAGUCCUGCCAAGAACCAAGCAAAGGCCAGACAGCCUGGCAGACAAGCUGGUGGUAUUGUGUAUAUGGGUAUGGGACAUUUGUGUCAUUGUUGUGUGAGUUGUGCUGUUGUUUGGGGGGACAAUAGUAAAUAAUAAUUAGUGACAAUAAUAAAGGAGCUGAUGUUCUUA